AUGCCCAUGACCGAUGAGACCGACCACAGUGGCGGGGUCAUCUUAGAUGGCCCCUUCGACCCUGACGCGCAAGCAACUGUGACGGAUUACAUCGACUAUACGGAAUACCUUCCAGCCGAUCUUAUGCGCUCCCUCACCCUUAUCCACGGUCUCGAUGAACGCUACCUCGACUCCGCGCAAGAAGUACACAACCUGACCAAGACCUACGGUCAGCUCCCCGACCUUCCCCCCAGUGAGCGCCCAAGCGCGAUUUCGCUGCGCCGAGAUGUCUCACACCAACUGAACCGUGCCAUUAAUGCCCGCGAAUCCGCCUACGCGGAGGCCUGCCGCCUAUACGAUGUUGUAGAUCGCCACUUUGACCGCUUGAGCUGCAUUCGCCAGAAGUUAGAGACACUCCCACGACCCCCUUCAGUGGAACCGUCACCACCGCCGGAACCGACCCCAAAGCGUGUGCGCAAGGACAAGAAGUCGGGUGCUCCGCGUAUUACCCUGCGCUUGGAUAACCGGGAUAAUCGCAAGAAGAGCGGAACACAGAAGUCCAGAUCGCGACGUGUGGGCAUUGCGGAACAAUUUGCAGACUUCAAUCCGGACUCUCCGAUCGCUAGUACUGAACAGUCUGAUGCGGAUGCUGAAUUGCCGAUUGUUCCUAAAUCAAGACCUCCGAAGAAGGAGAAGCCACGACGCCCUAGCUCAGGGGCAGGGAUUUCAACAAGCAAUGCGCUUGCGCUGCUUAAACCCCCACCCCCAGAUGCGAAGCCAGGCAGUCCAGAUGCACCAUGGUUGCGACUUACGGAGUAUGAAAUGACCAGGCUGCGGAAAAAGAUGAAGAAGAAUGCCAUGUGGCAGCCAAGCGAGGUCAUGAUACACCGUGAGUUAGCCCUUGCAGGUCGUGGGUGGGAAGCGUACCUGGCGGCCAAACUCUUGGCGGCAGAGACCGGUGCAGAGUUUCUGGACUGUGAUAACAUCGCAGCAACCCAUGGCGGUGAAAAGCCGAAAGAUAUGGAAGAAACCAAGCUGAGCAAUCGAGGCAUGAAACUGAACGAAGCAAAGAAGCUCAAGCGGGAGUUGUUAGCACGAGAAGCGGCAGCUAAUGGUGGGGAAAUAGCUCUCCCAACUAAACCAUCAGUCCCUGCCCAGGGGACUCCCGCUAACCGAUCAUCCCGGAAGAGAAAACGGGAGGUUGCAGUUGAGGAUGAUGUCUUGGACCUGGUUCUAGAACCCGUCUCUGCGACACCAGUCCCAGCACAAUCGUCCAAAUCACGCCGUAAAUCUGACCGAGGAGCUGCCAGCAGCGGAUCAGCAGAUGCUGCCAAUGCCCCUGUACCUGAAAUUGCAACCCAAGGACCUGCCGAAGUAAAGAUAUCGCCACCAUUGCCAUCGCCCACUGGAUCCAAGCGUUCUGCCAAAUCGGUCGUUCAACCAGCCGCCACACCCACUCCGCCGGUUACUAGACCAUCCUCUCGACGCUCCGCAGCCGCGGCAACAAGUGAGCCUAGAGGCUUGCAAGGAACCUUCCCAAUUCCCAUCGCCGGCGGGCGAGACUUACGGAUUAAAAGCGCAACCCCUGCACGGAAGACCCCGGUUCGAGAGACGUCUCACGCACCCAGCGUUCCUGCUCCAGCUCGCCGACGCAAACGUCCGGCUCCGGGCCCAGUUUCAUCUGGCCAGGACGGAGGUGCGGCUGUUAGUUACGGCCGUCGCAAGGCGAAACCGAGCAAGAAGCGCAUCAGUAUCCCCAACUCCCAGGACGUCCGGGUUGAUGAGGAUGGAGUCCUUGAAGAGAUUAAUGCCAACGAACCACGUUACUGUCUUUGUGGGGAUGUGAGCUUUGGAACGAUGAUUUGCUGUGAGAACCAAGAUUGUGAUCGUGAAUGGUUCCACCUUGACUGUAUUGGCCUCUCCGAGGUCCCUUCGCGCACGGCCAAAUGGUACUGCCCAGAGUGCCGUGUCAAGUUUAGCAAGGGCUCAGAUGGUAUUGUGAAGGGUGGUUCGCGGCGCUGA